GCGCGCUGAAACAUCUUGCAAAUAUGACUACGCACCAACUAGCCCAAGUUUCCACUCUAUAUAGAUGCUCCAAAAUAGAAAAGCACGGCAUUCUCUCGAGAUCAAAUAUCACAGAGAUAAAAUGUGAUCUUCCUAGUCCCGGAAGCCCUCUUGACUGGGUUUGGUGUCACAUCGAGAUGAAAGGUUCACCUUUUACUUUCUUGAUACCGUGAUACAGUUGUGGAACUUCGAUAAACAAAGGCCUGCUGGGCUUGGGAGUCUCUGCAUAUGCAACAGUUGGGGUGCGAUAUAGUGCGCUUUAUUUUUAUCCGCAUAAAAGUAGCAGAUCAUUCAGUUGUUCACGGUUUGACGCACGUUUGAUGGAGCUGUGUCUAAUAAACUAGAUUUUGACUGCUAGUGUAUUGUGAAGCUUCUAUACUCAUAAAACCUGUAUAUACUAACUUAACCACAGUCCUGUUAAGAUCGUGUAUAUUGUGUUAAUGUAAAAAUGAUGUUUCUUUUCUAUCCUAUUUGUGUGUCGCGCACCAGUUUUUGUGCAAUUGUUGACGAGUGUUCUGUAACGAUGCACGUAACAUACAGUUGGACUGCUUGACGAUAUAAAUAAUAGUAAAUAUACUUUAUAGCCAUGGAGCACCCGAAACGCUUGGUUCAUAUUCUGGGUCACUUGGAAGUUCGGCUGAAUUAGCUUGAUGGAGGACUGAUUGCACUUUUUGGCAUGUCACUGACAAACAAAAUAUGCUGAGCAUUGUAACUUUAUUCGCAAUGCUGUUCAAGAAAAGUGCCAGCUUUCACAACUACCGCUCGUCUCAACUGUUGAAUGUGGUGAUCGCCCUACCCCACCGCUGUCAGUCUAAACGCCGCGCUCAACAGCCAGGUCACACCAGGAGAGUGUUUCGCAUCUGCACUCACUGCCUUGCAUAAGUAACCACGCAGAGGGCAAUUAAAAUUUACAGCGGAAUAUUUCGGACAAGGGCCCUGUCAGAAUUUUUUCUGCCAAGCGUAGUGCUGUGUAGAAAGGACUAGCUCGCACUUUUCAGUCGGCUCAUUGCAGUCCCUUUUAUGCUCACUAUUCAAGUUCAGUUAAUUAGACAUCUGGCAGCGAUACUUAUCACGUCGCUUUCGGUCUCCUUCGUCUCUUGAAAUAUUCAAACACAUGGUCUUCACCAAGCUGCCAACCUAAAUUUAAGAUACCCAGUCAGCCUAAUCUUCACCAUUUCAUUGAGUGAUGCAUAACAGCUCUACAGAACUCAAGACGGCGUCGGGCGAGGCCGAAGUAAGAUAGAGGGUGCAUCAGUGUUUCCUUUUUUUUCUGGAACGCCUUCGACGUGUUUUUUUGCUUAAAAAGAAUCUGUUUUAAACGGGCUAAUCAGUAAACGGGCUAAGCCUGGCUUAGCCCGUUUAGUCGUUAUAACAGAGAAACAAAGAAAGGUAAAUAAAUGAAAUGCGAAGUAACGAGUGAAUGAUUAGCUAAAUAAAUAAGUUGAAUAAGCAUCCAUGCAAUGAUGUCUUUUAGCUUCAUCGCUGUGCAAGAAGGGUCGUGUGUUCUUUAUCACUGAAUUUGUGCACCGUAGACAACAAGGUUUCCGGUUUUUCCGGACGCACGCCGCACCAGAGAGGAAGUGUACACGUGAGACGAACAUUUGAAAGCCCACUCGCUUAUCUUACGCGUGGCUGCGUGGCACAAAUUAAGAAAAAAAAAACAUUCCUUUAGGAUGGCAGGCAGAGCGGAGGAUGUAUGCAGAGGCCAACUAAACUUGUGGGGAAAUAACAGGCUUACAGAACCUAACGACAAGACAUGGCAGAUUGGACAAAGGACAAUUAACUGACAUGAAUGGGAGCUAUAACUGACACGAGUGACGUUACGGCAGACGCAGACUCGGCAGCCCCUGACUCAUCACGCUCGAAAGUCCCAGAUUCACAGCAGUAUUCUUUCUCGCCUUUCGCCUUGCGUGACCUUGCCAUCUUGACCUGCAGCGCCUCCCCGUCGGGGUCAAGUUUCAUCGGCAGGCUGCAGCUAUGCGAGUGUUCGCAGCGGUGACAGGAAGAUGAAUGGUCGUAGACACGUGAGAAGGUUCUGAGAAGGCGGGUGUUUCCCUGCGGUAUCGGUUCAUCGAAACACGCAUGACUUUUAAUUUUUUUUUUCAUUUUUUGUUCUGUCGACACGUGCACUUGCCAGGCGUCGGGAAGCGUUAUAAGCUUAUGCGAGAGGGCACAGUAGUCGGUGUUCGCAUCCUGAGCAGGUUUUCCGCCACAGAAGGAUACUCGGUAUCUCAGAGAAGCGCACGCUUUUGUCGGAAGCUAGUCUGGAUAUAAGCAACACCUCGGAUCGCAAGCUGUGAUCUACCCAGCACUGGUCACGGAAUGGCAGACCACAUCAUCACUCUCUUGUGUACUGUCGCAGUUGCAUUCGUAACGGCGCAGUCGAUACCAGUUGUGAGACCAUCCAUCGAACAGGCUGAGCAGCGUGUGCGAGAACUGACCCAGUUACUCAGUGACAUCAAAGCUGCCGUUCAACCUCGCCACUGCACCGACAUCUUGCAUGCUGGCCAGCAGUCAAGUGGAGUGUACAACGUAUUCCACAAGGCCGCUGGACCUCAGGGACAGAGGGUGUACUGCGAUAUGGACACAGAUGGUGGAGGCUGGACGGUGAUUCAGAGGAGAGGCCAAUUCGGAAACAGCGUCUACCACUUCUACAGAAACUGGGACGAGUACGCUGAUGGCUUCGGAAACGCAAGCGAGGAAUACUGGAUUGGAAACAAGGCGCUACACGCUCUGACCUCGGACGACGAUACGUUCACACUGCGCGUCGUGCUGAGCAACAGAACUGGCGAGAGCGCAUUCAUCGACUACGAGAGCUUUCGCGUUGGAAACGAAGAGAACCUCUUCAAACUGCAACUGGGAAAGAUCCUGGGACCAGAAGGGUGGGACGCGCUUUCCAAUGGAAACGGCCAGAAUUUCUCUACUUUCGACAAGGACAACGAUGUGGCGCCAUCUGAAAACUGCGCCAUGCGGUACCGCGGUGGUUGGUGGUACAAAAACUGUCAUCUUGCCAACUUAAACGGCCUUAACCUGAAUGGUCCGCACGACAGCUUCGCAGACGGCAUCGAGUGGAGCCUACGCGGUUACCCGGCCCGCCUGUAUCACUACUCAUUCCCAAGCGUGAGCAUGAUGAUACGACCCAGUGGAUCACUUAUAGAUCGCCGAAGCAGGCUGGUGUCUCCGCCUAUCGUUUGACCUAGGCCAAUAAAUGUCGAACGAGAACGUUC